GAAAAAGCAGUGACGACAUUGACGACGUGUGUGCUUGUAUGCGAUUGUGACGGCCAGUGUUGCGGAGUCCCCGAUGAUGAUGUCGCGUCGAGGCUCGCCGAGCUCGUGAAAACGCUCGACGAACGUUCAGCGCGUUCGCGUUCCCUCUGGAAACGAGGACGACGGAGAGGAGAGAGGAAGCUCGUCCGCACAUGUCGGUCUCCAUGCAGAUUGACAGCGGCAUGUUGACGAAUCCAGACACCAGUCUCUGCCGCGUUUGCCUGACCGUGGAUCACAAUAACCAGUGCAUCUUCCGCAGGAACUGGGACGAUCCGGAGAGCCCAUCCGGGUUGUCCGAGAAGUUGCAGCUAUGCUGCGGCGUGGAGGUUCUGGAAGACGAUGGCCUGCCGACUAGUAUCUGCCUCGAAUGCGUGAUGAAAGUCAACGUCGCCUAUGAAUUGAGGAAACAAUGUCAAAAAGCAGACGUAGAACUCAGGAAGUUGUAUGGGAAAUCCUUGAAAACAAACAUUGCCAGCAUUCCAACAAAAGACCAGUGUUGUCAAACUGACCAAUCUUUUAUCUUGGAUGCAAUCAAUUUGAGUGACAAUAUAGAAUUAAAUGCAGAUAAUGAAGUUAAUAUAGAGAAAAGCAUUAUGCAAUCAAAUGUUAUGAGACAAGAACAAAUACCAGAUGCUUUUGAUCAAAUCAAGCAUGAUGUUUCAGUAGACAAUGAAGUAGAUUUAGACAGUAGUAAGUAUAAACAAGUAGAACAUGACAAAAUAGCUAAUAGAACAAGAAACGAGAAUAGCUAUAGAACGAGAAGAAUAAUGUUUAAAAGGGUCACGUCUAUAGAAAAUUUGAGGAAUUAUAAAGAGAGACAGAGACGAUACAUCAAAAAGAGUGUAAACGUCAAACGCGACAGCAGCGACAGCGAGUAUCAAACAAAGGCGAGAAACGUUCAUGGCAGAAUGGACAGAGCAUCCGAAGUGGAAUUGCAAUAUAAAUGUCAAAAAUGUGAUAGAUUUUAUUCCAGUAAAAAGUCCUUAGAUAGACACAUAUCGACUCAUAAUGAUAAAGAGUUCAAAUGCGAUAGCUGUGAUAAGCAAUUCUUCUGUCUGGAUAAAUUGCAUAAGCACAUUAAUCUGCACAGAGUAAAGGAGAAGCCGAAACCGGUGUUAUGCAAAAUCUGCAACAAGAGUUUCAGAAAAAUCGACACUAUGGUCAGGCAUCUGAAUACCCACAAGAAGGCGUAUCCUAAGGACGUUUUCUCUAUACUAAAGGAGAUACGGGACAAGAGAAGAUUGGAAAAUAAUCCAGAGUCUUUCGAAACGUCGCUCACGCUGGACGAGAACGAACAAGUAACACAUGAUGGACAAUUUCGAAGUGCAAACAACGGCAAUACGAGAGAGCUACGAAAACGUAACAAUACAAAAGUGGAACUAAGAGACUCGGAUUUGGUAAACAGCGACUCUAGCGAUGACAAGACAGAGUCUUUCGACGACGCGUCGCUCUUCAACUGCAAACACUGUAGCAAGAGUUAUCGUACUGAAAGAUCGCUUCAACGUCAUCUGCUGAUACACGAUGAGAAGAAAUACGUCUGCAAUGUUUGCAACAUGAAGUUCUUCCGACAGGAUAGGCUGAAGAGUCACAUGGAUCGGUAUGGUCACGAUGAAACCAAGAUGUGUUCGGAGCCACAGAAACCGCCUGACGACAAAUCAGCCAUCAAGCUGAUAAACACUUGGAUAAGAGAGGAAUUGGAUUCCGAUAACGAGGGUAAGGGUUUCCCAUGUAGAAUCUGCGGAAAAUCAUACGACACGAAGAAGUCCUUGUUGAAACAUCAAAUGAACGCGCACGGAGGACAGAACGAGUACUGCACGAGUUGCGGUACCGUGUGUAAUUGCGCGUACAAGGAUCAGGAGAAAGGCAACGAAAAGUCAAAGCCGUACACCUGCGAGGAGUGUAACAAGUCAUUUGAGAAGGAGAUCAAGUUGCACAAGCAUCUGAGAAUUCAUGAGCGCGCCAAGGAGCAGCAGGACGCGAACUUCAAGCGUUUCCUAUGCCACAUAUGCAGCAAGACAUUUCGGCAGAAUACCGGCCUCAUGUUCCACAUGAGAACACAUACAGGUUACAAGCCGCACGUAUGCAAGUACUGCGGCCGUGGCUUCACGUCCAACUCGAAUUGCAUCAAUCAUGAGAGGACUCACACGGGCGAUCGACCGUUCGUCUGUCAAUACUGCAGCGCCGCUUUCGCCAAAUCGUGCACCCUUAAGGCUCAUAUCACCACGCACACUGGCGAGGCGAAUUAUCAUUGCAAGACCUGCGGCAAAUCGUUCCGUCGGUUGAAGUACUUGAAGGAGCACAGAUUCACACAUACAGGCGAGAAACCGUACGCGUGUAAGAUCUGCGGCACUGCAUACAGCCAUUCUGGCAGUUUAUUCGUACACGAAAAGAAAUGCAAGGCGCAAUUCAGUAAUUAUCAGUCGGGAGUUGUACAAAAUGCACAACAACAACAACAGGUUUCCUAUAGUCAAUCUCCUCAGACCACUGGCGGCAUUUCAGUGGCGUCCACUUCUUCGGUUGUCGCUCCUAUCAUCACUACGCUGCCUCAGGCUCACCUAAACGUAAUUAACAGUACUCUGAAUGUACAGGCGAACAAAGACUACGUGGAUAACGUUCAGCGAAUGAACGCGCAUGCAGCGACUAACGCAACCACAGUUGUCUCAUCAGGUCUGCAUCCAAAUGUUGAUAUUUCCGAAAUGAGUUCCGCUGUCAGGAACUUCUCCAUCAUCGGGCAGAUGUUUCACACUUAGAAAAGCGUACGAGCGAAACGCGAAUCAAGACUACUGUGAUAAAUAUCUUUUUUUUUUUUUUAACAAUACUUGUCAAGAUAUAUUUUACAUUCGAGUAUAGCUACGUAUCUUUCUGCUUUAUCUUUCAAUAAUCAUUGAGAUAAGUAUAUAUGUUUUGUAUUGUACCUACGUCACAAUAUGGGA